AUGACCAAUGUCAGGAGAACUCUGCGUCAGUUGGUUCGGGUAAUUGUUAUCUCCACUUUGGUGCCGAUACUUCUAUGGCAGACCCGUGAAGGCUUUACGCAGGGGGAUCCUGAGACUGUGGACGAACACGUGUUUCGCCUGAAGCAACUCAUGAAGCAGUACGAGGAGAGAGUUCAACUCCAUGCGCAUGCGCUGCGUGCGGCUAAUACGUCAGAACCUGCGCUCAUGAAAGAUUUACGGUUUGUGCGCAUGGCCUCCACGGAGAAUGCAACAAUGCCCACGAGUAAAUUAGCUGACAGCUACAAGAGUUCGACCUUACGAAAUGCGGUUCAGUAUGACGUCAUGGAGUAUGAUACCGAGAGGAGCUCUGACUCUGAGUCUGAGUUUACAACAGAUAAUUGGAUAGCUGAAGUAGAUAUUCAUGAUUAUGAAUAUCUUAUCAACCCUCAUCAGAAAUGUAACGUUUCUCCACACCUUCCUAAGGAGAUUCUUCUUGUCAUAUGCGUUCUCACCGCUCCACAGAAUAGAGAGAGACGUGACGUCAUUAGGAAUAGUUACGGGAAUGAAUCGGCAUGGCCAGCAUCGGAAGAGGGCGCUUCAAUGGUUCGUGUCGUAUUCAUGAUCGGCGCGGCAAAAGAUAUCGCCUUGCAAGCUAAAAUCGAAGCCGAGUCCGCCCUCUACGGGGAUAUAGUGCAAGAGAACUUCGUCGAUUCGUAUCUAAAUCUUACGCGAAAGACGGUCAUGGUUUUAAAAUGGGUGACGAAUUAUUGCGGAAAUGCUGUCUUUAUGAUGAAAGCUGACGACGAUAUCAUACUAAAUGUUGAAAAGGUCACGACCUUCCUGCUGCUGUCGCCACCUGAGGAUUUCACCGCCGGUAUGAAAGGUAAACGCGUCCGUGUGGUGCGCACUAAAGAAUCCAAAUACUAUACCCCGACCCACGUCUACAACCUCACUCACUACGACUCCUACUACAUGGGAGGAGCCGGGUAUUUUCUCUCGUUAGACGUUGCGGCCAGGAUUUUUGACACUGCACAACGUCUCCCGCUCUUUCCGUGGGAGGAUAUUUUCGUGUCGUUCUGCAUGCGUGAGCUCGGGAUUCCGCUCACCCGGACGAGACACUUCGCGUGGGGAAAGUACACCGUGUCAAACGGGAGACUCAUCAAUGACACCCAAUGUGAAAGGUUUAAGGAUCAAUACCUAGUAGCGAAGGGGUUGCCCGCUAAACACAUGAUGAAAUUGUGGAUAUAUACACAGGGAGAAAAGGUAUAA